UCGCCGAUUGUGUCUCUCCGUCAACCGCGUCGGUAGCCAAGUACCACUGCUUACACAAAAGGGCGAAAUAAAAUUACAAAAUAGUAAACAAAAUUUUUUAAAUUAUAUCAAAAUGCGCUCCCUAAUGGUCCUUGGUUUGCUGGGACUGCUGGCGAAAAUUGCUCGAGCCGAUGACUUCCUUACAAAUUCCUUCAAUGAUUGCAUCGGUGCGGAUUCUUGGUCCUCCUGUCUCAAGCACGAGGUCCUCGCUUAUCUGGAUGAAAAAUUGGGUAUCACGACCGAAGCCAGAUCACUGGAUAGUGUGGAUGAAGCACUGGUUUCACGUGCCUUCAAGUACCUGAAAACUUUCGAAUACGGCGUUGAUCUGCCGUUUAUUGAUGGUCGGCUGAAGUAUCGGCCGGGCAGAAGUAUCGCCGAUCUCGAUGUGGAAUUCAAGAAUAGUGAGGUAGCAACCUCUCAAGCAAGAGGAAUACUAAAAAAGAAGCUGCUUUUGCCCUUUUUACUGCUGUUGAAGUUGAAGUUAAAAGCAUUGAUGCCAAUUUUCGUAGCGAUCAUUGGAUUUAAAGCUAUGAAGGCGUUAAUACUUUCUAAAUUGGCGAUUCUCUUAGUGAUUGGGUUCAUUGCGGUACAAUUCUUUAAAAAGGGAGGCAUGGCUGCACCCAUGGGAGUAACGAUGGAGCCAGCUCCGACAUACGGCCUUCCUCCUAUUACAACGACGACAUCCGGUUAUGAGCCGGUUAACACAUGGGAUGGUAAUGGCCCUUAUUCACGUAUAUGGACACCAAGCAAUGGACUUGAAUCGGCGCAAAAUCUCGCCUACAACUACUACUCGGGUAGUAGUUCCAAUUCGUAUGGCGCACCCUCGUCAUCAUCCUCCGGCUCAUCUUCAGCCGCCACGGGAAGUUCCAGCGUAUCGACGAAUUAUUAGGAAAAUUUAUUAUAUUGGCUUAUCAAGAGGAGACGGAGAAAAGCGAUGAUUUAUUGAGAAAAUAAGAUAUUCCGGAAUAAAGAAACUUUCCG